AUGUAUCUGUUUCUCCGCCGAGUCUCGAAGCUUUCUGCACGCAGAGACGACUCUCGUUUCUUCUCAACAUUGCCUCUGUCCCCCUAUUUUCGGUUAAGCGAUAGCUUCUUUGGGCAGUCUUCGGAGGGCUACGUUGUGAGUCAUAGGUACUUCGACCCGAAAACAGCAAAGAAAGAGUGUAUCAGUGAAAGGACAGUGCCUAAUGCACCACAGUUUUUACUGGGAGCAUCCAAGGGCUGGGUCGUUGGUCUCCAGGACGAAGACAAUAAAGUAUCGAUAUCGGAUCUGUACAAGCCAUGGGUUUCAUCUCCAAGUGUCAUAUCAUUGCCUUCAAUCGGAUCUGUAAUGCUUCAUCACCUUGGCAGCGUCUAUUUCUACUUGUGGACUCACGUUGAGUCCCAACAUUUACCAGCCUCUUCGAUCACUUAUUCUAAGAGAGACAAAGUCUUCUACUUUACCAGUCCAAAUGGUAUCUUCCUGGGUGUAUUGGAUCUCAUACACAGGGAGAUAAAGUAUUACCGCGUUCGUUUACGAAACACGCCUAAGUUGUCACCGGCACGGUGGAGGUAUCUGAACAGAGAAUGUAUGUUGACCAAGCACUUGGUGGAGUCUCCCUCUGGUCAACUUUACUUCAUCAUGUGGGAAGAUGAGAAGAGAGAAGUGUUUAACUACACAGAAGAUAUUGGAGAUCUCUGCAUCUUCCUUGGCAAAAGUGAAGCCUUUUCUGUCUCGGCAAGCUUGUACCCAGGACUCAUUCCUAACUCCAUCUAUUAUUGUAGAGGUCCGGGACUUGGUCGUUACGAUAUAGCUUCUGCCAAGCCCCGUGCCCUUUCUUCAUUAGAUGGCAAUUACUGGAUUGAGCCCGUCGCUUAA